UUAUUAUAUUUAUUUUACCAAGUGAAAAAAUUAAGACGAAAAAAUAAUAUAAUCACAUUAAAACAGAAAUAAGUAGUAAUCUGAAAAUUUCAACGGAAAUUGCCGAACAAUAGGUGUUUCGAUGUAGGCCAUGUGCUUCAACGGAACUUCAGUGCCCGGAUGCUCAUGAACAUUUUUGAUGUCAAUCGUUUAGUUUCCUUUACUUUUGGCCACGGUAUACCUUUAUUAAACUCAAUACUUCCAAGCUGUGGCCCAUAGUGAAAAUGGCACAGUUCAUAUAUCCCUUGCCAAAUGCCCAAACUGCAGCAGCUUAUCCAGCAGCGCAAACUGCAUAUGUUGCAGCACCCCAGGCAGCUUAUGCUACUGCUGCCCCUAGAGCUGGACAAUCAGCCUAUGAUAGUUACCAGACAGCUCAUGCAGCUCCACAGUAUGCUUAUACAACAAGGACUCAAGUUGCUGUCACUCCUGCCGUGACUUACGAUCAGACUAAAGCUUACUACCAACCUACUCAAGGUGUAGCAGCAGCAGCAGCUGCUGCUGCUGCUGUAGCCUCUUACACUGCUGCAGAAACACAUUACCAAGCUGCGAAACCAACUUAUACAACUAGUACCACUUACCAGACCCAACCCCGACAAACAGCCACACAGAAAGCUACUCCAGUGCAAGUUACUACAACUCCUGCUACCUAUGUCUACACAGCCACAACUACUCCUACCGCUGCUACAACUUAUGCAACUCCAAGUUAUGCUUCGACUACAAGCUCAGGAUCCUAUUCUGGUAAGUUAUCUAUCAUGGGUUCAUUCCACCAGAUAUGUGCAGUAUUUUCAUUCACAGCUGUCCCCAAAAACCUAUAUUAUUUUGUAAACAGGAACUAUGCAAACCUAGAUGGCGAAAGAUUAAUCUAUACUUACAGAGAACAUCUUGAAGGUCAGAAACACAAGAAGAAGGAAGCUGCUCUGAAAGCUGGUGGAACUACUCAACCAGCUGGUCGUGGACAGAACCAACUUCGUUGUGAACUCUGUGAUGUUACUUGCACUGGAGCAGAUGCAUAUGCUGCACAUAUCCGUGGGUCAAAGCACCAAAAGGUUUUAAAGUUGCAUACAAGACUUGGGAAACCAAUUCCUUCAACUGAUCCAGUUGUUGUGUCUCCUGGCCAAACUAGUGUUUCUACUGGAACUACUACUACAACCACUAAAUCUCCUACUAGCCCUGUUUCGCAGACUGCUUCAGCUACUACGGGGUCUGUUUCUUCAGUUAAAACACUAAGCAAGGGCACCACAGCAACUGCUACCAAUACUGGUCAAGCUCAGACCGUCAAAAAAGUUAUGGCUACUCCAAAAAUAACGUUUGUUGGCGGUGCCCAACUUAAGACAACAGGGGCUAAAGCAGAUGAACUGAAAGUUGAGAAAUUAGAAGUGAAAACAGAGCCUAGUGCAACAACUGAGACUGAACCAACUAAGACUGAUAUGGAAGAGAAGUUGAAUCUUCUUGGGGAGAAAGAUUUUAUGCCUGUUGGUCAUGAAUAUAUUGAAGAAGUUAAAAACGAAACAGGAAAAACAAUAAGUUUUCACUGUAAGCUUUGUGAGUGCAAAUUUAAUGAUCCCAAUGCGAAAGAAAUGCACAUGAAAGGUCGAAGGCAUCGCUUACAAUAUAAGAAAAAAGUUGACCCCAACCUUCAAGUAGAAGUGAAACCAAGUAUUCGUGCGCGAAAGAUUCAAGAAGAUAAAUUACGCCGACAGACUCAAAAAGAAGAGUUUUGGAGACGAAGAGAGGCUGAGGAUCGCUGGCGCGAGGAGAUGCGAAUGGAAGAGGAAAUGUAUUGGGGAGAAAGACGACAUUUUGAAGAGAUAGACUAUUACUCUCAGUGGCACCGUCGACCUGGCCAUCCAGCUGCUCCUAUGCCCCCUCCUCCCUUUCCACAACGUCCUGGUGCCAGCGGCCCUCUUGGUGUUGGUGCUUCUACACAUUUGCGGAAACCAGAGUCCUCAGAUGAUAGACAUGUCAUGGCUAAACACACCAGCAUAUAUCCAACUGAAAUAGAACUUCAGGCUGUUCAGAAUAUUGUGUCGGCAUGUGAAAAAGCAUUGAAGUUUGUUUCCGAUCAUUUGGCAGAAAGUGACUUUAGUCCAAAGACAGAAGAAAUUUCAGUGAAAGAAGUGAAAAAAGAAGGAGCAGCAAAAGACGGUGACAAAAAAGAUGAUGGUCCACGAGCUUUGAAGGGUGUGAUGCGAGUUGGUGUAUUAGCCAAAGGAUUAUUGUUGCAUGGAGACCUUAAUGUGCAUCUUGUGGUACUUUGCUCUGAGAAACCAACACGCACUUUAUUAGAAAGAGUUGCUGAUAGUCUCCCAAAACAGUUGGCUACUGUCACAGAUGAAAAUUACGAACUGAGACGGUGUGUUGAAGAAGCUGCUAUAAUUGUGACCAGUGAGAAAGAACCCAAAACUUCUUGUACAGUCACUUUAACUUCACCAGUGAUGAGGGAAACUAACUUAUCUGAAGGAGAGACUGUAAGCGUGAAAGACCCACCGGAUGUUCUGGACAGGCAGAAAUGUCUAGAUGCUCUAGCCGCACUGCGACAUGCUAAGUGGUUCCAGGUUCGAUUCCCAUUUUUUCUACUUUGCAGCCUUAUGGUAGUUGUUCAUUGCUGUUUUAUUGCAGGUGGACCUGGUCUGUAUGAUCCCUGUGAAAAGGAAGCUACUGAUGCUUCAGCUUCACUAACAACUCAAGAAAGAGAAAAUAUUACUGCUUCAGCUCAGCAUGCUCUGAGGCUUAUUGCAUUCCGACAAAUCUACAAAGUAUUAGGCAUGGAUCAGCUACCUGCUCCACGCUUCACUAGGCCUCGCUUUAAUCCUCGUAAGCGCCGACGAACAAAUAGUACUGGUGAGGGAGAAGCUGGCGGAGAGAAGAAAGAUAAGAGAGAAAGUGAUGGAGACCUAAAUCAGGAAAUGACUGAUUAGUUCCACAUUAGACAUUCUAAUCCAUUCCUGCUUUCCACAUAAUUCUCUUCUGCUUACUCUUAUUCAUUUUUUUUUUUUCUUUUACUUUUAUUUUCUCCUUUUUUUUUUUUUCUUUUUAUGAAUUCUUAAAAACCUUUCAUGCCAGUAGAUUCUGCUUUUAAUACAUUUUGACUGUUGAAGUCACUCACCUAAUUAAAAAGAAUUCUUUCUAUGCAGUCAACACUCCUGCUGUUUUCUUUCUUUUUAUCAUGUUCUUUGUUCUAUUUAGAUUUCAAUACCAAUAAGCAAGCAGCCGGUGUUUCUCUAAUGUUUAUUUGGUUAUUGGUACGCCUCCUGUUGUGGUGUGUCCACUAUUUGACUAUCCCUCUAUUCAACACUUACAAUCAGCUGACACCCAUGUUUGUGAGAUAACAACAGAACCAAUCUCCUCUGUACAUAUUUCCAUGUCACAUAUCUGGAGUGGGGCAAAUGGUUGGAAGCACUGCAACCUUUAUCGCUAUCACACUCCUUUCACUGAUCACUCUUUCUGAAUUUUAUUUCAAAUAUUUCACUACGUUAGGAUUUAAAAAGAUAAAAGAAAUAUUUAUUUCUUACUUCAAACAUAUCAGUUUAGAUGAUAUCUGGGGUUUAUUUUGUUGUUUUGUUUGUCUUGGUAUUUUAAAAUAAUUAAAAUGUUUCGAAGUUUUUCAUUAGUACAUUAAAUUUUCUGUAUUUAAAGUCUUUUCAUCUGAAUUAAACUGUUAAACUGCUAAAACCAGUUCAGGUGUUAUUUUCUAAGAAAUCCCAUUGUCUACACUAUCUGUUCUCUUCCCCUUCUUAAUAGGUUUCAUUUAUUUACAUUGUAACUAUCCAACUUUUCUAAAAAAAUAUUUUUAAACUCAUUUCAAGGGUUGUUUAAUAAUGCAGAAACAAUAAUAGUUGGCAGUUUUGUUUUGGUUAACUUUGUAUUUGCAACUUGGGCUGGUUGCAUUGUCUUUGAUAGAGGUUGGGUGCUAGAGUAGACAUGUUAUUCUGAAUAGUGGGGUUUAGACAGCUUUGCAAGCUGCUCUGAAGAAAAGGCACUCUAUGGGAGUCUGAUUUCCAAACAGUUAUAUUUUAAAUGGUAUUAACUCCUUGUUGCCACUAUCUGCACCUAAAUAUUUAUUCUAGAAUUGAAAGCUAAAAACUUUUGUCUCACUGACAUUUAAGAACAAAAUCUCUCCAGCUUUUGUUCUGGUGACAAAAUAUCAGCGUAAUGUAUUUAGAAAAGAUGUUCACUGAUGUUUUUAUUGAUACUGUUUGUAAUUAUCUUGAGGUUUUGGAAGUCUUCAGACUGCAAGAAAACAAGAUUUCUCUUAUAUUGCAAAAAGAAAGAUUUUUUUUUUUUCUUAAAAAGUAAAAAAAAAAAAUCAAUAUUUUUGUUUCUUCUGUAUUCCUAAAUAUUUUAAAAUUGCCAGCUUUAUAUAGAAAAACAAAUACCCAAUGCAACAGACAUCUACACACAAGUUUUCCUAUUCUAGUGCCCUCUGAGAUGGCAACCCCCCACCCCCAAAUCUCAAUCAGUUAGUAGUAUAGUCUUGAAAAUGAUACCUUUUCAACGAAAUUUCUACAACUUACCCUUGGCUUUAAAAAUUGUUUUAGAAGCACCAAAUAUAGUUUACAUGGUCAUGUGAUUGAACUCCUUGGCCCUAUUUUUCUACAACAGAUCACUAUUUAGUUUUACUAAAUAGGGAUAAUACACCUUAUGAACUUGCUAAUUAGUUGUCUUUCAAAAUCUACCUGAAAGUAAAUGAUAGUGCAUUGUGAAAAAAAAUAAAGCAAAACCCCCAAAAAACUAACAGUUUUAAAAAAAAAAUACUGUGUACACUACUAGCUUGUAAUCUCAACUAAUAUUUGAUUGUAUAAAAUACUUGAAACUCCCCACCUCCAAACCACACCCUCUACCAAAACAACACAAGUUAUAUGUAUGUGUGUGUGUGUGUAUACACACACAUGUAUCUGUGUGAAUGUGUGUAUACAUACAUAUUUGUGUGUGUACAUUGUGUGUGUGUGUAUAUUAUAUAUACAUGUGUACAUAUAUAUAUAUAUUAUAUAUACAUGUAUAUAUAUACAUUAUAUAUCCAUGUGUACAUAUAUAUGUGCAUAUAUAUUAUGUAUACAUGUGUAUAUAUGUAUAUUAUAUAUACAUGUGUAUAUAUAUUAUAUAUACAUGUGUGUAUAUAUAUUAUUUAUACAUGUAUGUAUAUAUACAUUAUAUAUACAUGUGUGUGUAUAGAUAUAUAUAUAUGUAGAAUUAUGCAUCAGCUUAUGCCUGAAGCUGACCCUUUCGCAGCUAUAUUUUCUCCCUUCUACCUUUCUAUUUUUGUUGGAAAUAUGAAUAUAUAUAUAUUUUAAUGUGUGGUUAUGACUUUUUCAGUAAAUUGUUUCGUUUUGCUUUUUUCCCCCCCAUUCAAUGUAGUGUCACCUGAAAUUUUAGGGAUUUCUUUAAGACAAUUAUAGAUACUUACACAUUACUUUUUUUGUUUUUGUUUUUUUUUUUGUUGGUUUUUCUUUUUUUUAAAAAAAAAAAAGAAUUUCUCUCAUUUAUUGAAUAUUGAAUGUAUUUUAAGCAGAAAUAAACUUAGUUUGUUGAACAUA